CUUGUCCAGCCCAGCGACUACGACCACUAUAUAAGUUCGCGGAAUCCCUCGAUUUGUUGUCAGUCGAUCGGAACUACUUUGCCACCAACAUUUCGCGUCUUGGGAAUUAUCUUAAAAACGUUAACAAAAUGACACUGCCGCAAAAGCACUUCAAGAGGGGUUCACCCAAACCAGAAAUUCCCGAGGAUGGAGUCCUGCGUUACUACUCGAUGAGAUUUUGCCCGUACUCGCAGCGUGCCGGUUUGGUGUUGGCCGCCAAAAAGAUUCCGCAUCACACGGUUUACAUCGAUCUUAGCGAGAAACCAGAGUGGUACAUCGACUACAGUCCAUUGGGAAAGGUGCCGGCUAUCCAGUUGCCACAUCUGCCAGGACAACCGGCUUUGGUGGAGUCCCUGGUCAUUGCCGAGUACUUGGAUGAACAGUAUCCGGGCGAGGGUACCCUUUUCCCCAAGGAUCCAUUGCAAAAGGCGCUAGACAGGAUCCUCAUUGAACGCCUGGCGCCCGCUGUCAGUGCCAUUUACCCCGUGCUCUUCACCAAGAAUCCACCCGCCGAUGCCAUCAAGAACUUUGAGACCGCUCUGGAUGUUUUCGAGCAGGAGAUCACCAAGCGCGGAACUCCCUACUUCGGAGGCAACAAGAUCGGCAUUGCUGACUACAUGAUUUGGCCCUGGUUCGAGCGAUUCCCGGCCCUCAAGUACACUCUGGAUGAACCCUAUGAGCUCGACAAGACGCGCUAUCAAAAUCUGUUGAAGUGGAGGGAACUGGUGGCCCAGGAUGAGGCUGUCAAGGCCACCGCCUUGGAUGCCCGAAUCCAUGCCAAGUUCAUGAAGACCCGCCAUGAGAACAAACCCGACUACGAUGUCGCCUUUCAGCCCUUGUAAAGAAUGCAGGAAUGAAUGACGGAAAUCAACAUACUUAAACUUAAAUUGUGAAGUCGUUGCCUAUUAAGAAAAUAUUAAAUCCACCUAUAAAGUCGAA